AUGGCCAACCAUCUCUACCAAUACUCGAUCCUCAGCGCUUUGAUGAACGGGAUCUGCCGCGAAGGCACCACCGUCGCAAAGUUGCUUACACACGGAGACCACGGCCUGGGAACUAUAUUCGGUCUGAAUGGAGAAAUAAUAAUCGUCGAUAAAGAAGUAUACCACUUCCUUCCCGACGGGAAUCUCCGCGAGGUUGAGCCCACCGAUAUCAUUCCGUUCGCGAUGAUCACCCGGUUCGAACCGACAUCAACCAAACGCCCAAUCACACUGAAUAUGUCUACUAUUUCCAAAGAACUGUCACCCCUACUCCCAGCUAGUCAGAACUCAUUCUUGUCUAUUCGAGUCGAUGCCCUGUUUACCCGUGUGACAUUCCGCGUCAUCCCUGCGCAGUCAGAGGCCCGCGAGUCGCUGUCAGAGCUAGCGAAACGACAGGAGUUACAUCAUGCGACGCAUAGCCGGGGUGUUCUUGUUGGAUUCUGGUCACCUGGGUUUACGAGUGGAUUCAGUGUAGCUGGGUUCCACCUUCACUUUUUGUCUGACGAUCGUGCGCAGGGUGGUCAUGUUAUGGAAUUUGAUGCUGAAGAUGUCGUCCUCCGCGCUGCUGCUAUUAAUGAGUAUAAUGUUGAGUUCCCGGCUUCGGGGGAGUUUCAGGAUGAGCCUAUUGGGGAGGUUUUGGCGAAGGAUCUUCAUGCGGCGGAGGGUCAAUAG